ACGGUGUUGACCAAUGAGAAGCUGACAGAAGUUGCUCGCGUGCACACGUCCCCCGUAGCGCUGUGGAUAGUUUGGCAGAAUGUUUGGCAAACUUCUCUUUCCGCUGCUGUUUCUGGUGCUUUUCCACCACGAGCCCGGUGAUGCGCAGAAGAAGAAAGAGACUCUGCUGUCAGAGAAGGUGACCCAGAUGAUGGAGUGGGCCUCCAAGCGGUCCGUCAUCAGGAUGAACGGAGACAAGUUCCGUCGCUUCGUCAAGGCUCCUCCCAGAAACUACUCGGUGUUCAUCAUGUUCACGGCGCUGCAGCCACAGAGGCAGUGCGGGGUGUGCAGACAAGCUGCUGAGGAGUUCCAGGUGCUGGCUAAUUCAUGGCGCUACUCCUCUGCCUUCACCAACAAAGUCUUCUUUGCAUCUGUGGAUUUUGAUGAAGGAUCAGACGUCUUCCAGAUGCUAAAUAUGAACUCUGCUCCGACCUUCCUCCACUUCCCGCCCAAAGGGAAACCCCGCCGAUCCGACACCUACGAGCUUCAGGUCCGAGGCUUUUCCUCCGAGCAGCUGGCCAGAUGGGUGGCGGACUGCACGGGCGUCCAGAUCCGGGUCAUCCGCCCGCCGAACUAUGCCGGACCCCUGCUGCUGGGCUUCCUGCUGGCUGUGAUCGGAGGGCUGGCCUACCUCCGGAGACACAACCUGGAGUUUCUGUUCAGCAGGAACGUCUGGGCCUUCUCUGCUCUGUGCUUCACUCUGAUCAUGACUUCAGGCAGAUGUGGAACCACAUCAGAGGACCACCUUAUGCUCACAAGAACCCCAACUCUGGACAAGGAGUUAUAUCCAUGGCAGCAGCCAGGCCCAGUUUGUGGCAGAGACGCACAUCAUCCUGCUCUUCAAUGCUGCUGUUACCAUGGGGAUAGUUCUGCUGUGUGAGGCUGCGACCUCUGACCUGGACAUAGGAAAGAGGAAAGUCAUGUGUGUUGCAGGUAUCUGUCUGGUGAUGCUUUUCUUCAGCUGGCUGCUGUCCAUCUUUAGAGCGAAGUACCAUGGAUACCCGUACAGCUUCCUGAUGGGUUAGAGCUGAGGAUCCUCCAACAUCAAGACCAGGAAACUAGUGGACAAGAAGUUCUUGGAAUCGUUGUCCGUGACAACAGUGUUAAAUAUGGGUUCUGCUUGCUGUGGUUUUCACCUGGUCUCCUGUUAGAGGUGUGUGUGUCCACACACAGACGCUGUGCAUCCUCACCUGUCCACCACAGGACCCAUGAGCCACAACGCAUCUGAUUUCUCCUGGAGGAACCACGGACGGAUCUAUUAGUUUUCUGUGUGGCUGUAAGUCAAAGCGAGUCAGAUUAGAAGAUGUUUGUUCAUGCAGUUUUCCUGGGAAUAAACCGUUGGUGUGACCCAAAA